GACAACUUUGCUGCUGACACAGACGGACCCGACACAGAAGUGGGUUGAAGACACUUGCGAGGAGGGUUCAUUCACCAUUAAUGAGGAAGCCGCAAACAUGGGGUUGUUUUCAGAAGAAUUGUUUCCAACGAAGCUCAGCUUCGUCAUAUUCAUAUCGUAUAUGGCAUUGUUUAUAAACCAAGGUAUCUUAGUGACAGCUUCCAAGAGUAAAGACAAUACCUACAACUUCAACACAGUGGCUGUGGUGCUGCUGACAGAAUGCCUCAAACUCAUUGUGUCAGUGUGUGUGUUCCUAAAGGACCAUACAGUUGGUCAGUUUUUCUCAGAUAUCCAUAAGUACAAACAAGUAUUACUUUUCUACUUUGUGCCUGCUGCUCUCUACUGCCUUUACAACAACUUGGGUUUCAUUAACCUAGCGACAUAUGACCCAACAACGUAUUUCCUGCUCCUGCAGUUCCGUGUUGUUGUGACUGGGGUUAUAUUUCAGAUUGUCUUCAGUAAGCAGUUGAGUAGGAUGCAGUGGCUGUCGCUGAUUUUCUUGACUGUUGGGUGUGUGGUCAAGGAAUACGGCCAUGGUCAUGAGGCAAAGGUAGAGCCAGGAGCAUCUAGCUGGUCAGUUUACCUUAACCCAAGUCUCUUCCUCAUCAUGUUACAAAUCUUCUCCUCCUGUUUCGCAGGAGUUUACAACGAGUUUCUCCUCAAAGACAAAGGUGUGGAUGUGCACAUCAUGAUGCAGAAUGUGUUUAUGUACCUGGACUCGAUUCUGUGUAACGUGUUAGUGUUGGCCUUCAGGGGCCAGCUAGCCACCGCCUUCACUGCACCAAGUAUAGCGGCACUCACCCAGCCCAGCGUUCUCAUGAUCAUGUGUAAUAAUGCUGCUAUUGGUAUUGUCACUAGCCUGUUUUUAAGAUCUUUAAAUUCCAUUUUGAAGACAUUUGCAAGUGCUCUGGAGUUAAUGUUCACGGCAGUUCUCUGCUGGUUGAUAUUUGGUAUCAAGAUUGACGUCUAUACAUUUAUUGCUAUUUUCAUUGUGUCUGCAGCCACCAUACUGUAUGCUCAAAAACCUGUUGUAAAUCUAGCUAAACCUAUCAGCAAGCCUGGCAGCGAACACAAGGCCAAAGAGAAUGAUGUUGUAUGAAUGUUAAAAUCCAUCAUUUUGUUUUUAAACUAUGUCAUUUGACAGAUCUCCUUAGCUUUUAAAAUUCAUCUUUUCUAGUGUAAAUGAACAAAAACUGGCAGUUUUGGGGUUAGCAGCAGGCAAGUUUAGUGUAUUGUGUAGUCUUUGUAACACGUCAGAUGAAGUAUUACUGGGUAAUAUCAAACUUGGUAUAAAAUCCAGACCAGUUUUAAAAUAGUCCUGUUUUCUGUAACAUAAUUUUUAGCAUUAAAAGAGUUUUUACUAAUCAACAAGGAUGAGGAAAAAUAUCACUAAAUUCUUGUUAGAAUUUCUCAUGUAUUUCCUGAACUUAAUGUGUUUUCUCAAAUCCCUGAACAUUUAUGGGAAGUUUUUAAAGUUCUGAGAAAAGAAAUUUAAUGUUCACCAUGCAUAUUUAAAUUUAUGAAAUUUUAUUGAAAUGUAUUUACUAAGAAUUGAAAUUCCUUUUUACGUUUUUGGAAUGAUGAAAUUUGUGGUUUUAGUAAAAUAUCGAUCAUAAAACCCCAGUCAUCCAAUGUGCAUACUAUUAAGUUGUAUAAAUAGCUUAUAGGACUAUAAUAUCAACAUAUCAGUAAAUUUUGUACAAAUACUCCGACGAUAAUCUCCACAGAGUCCUCCACAGUAAUACCAAUGCUUUCGCUUAGAUCUAAAUUGCUUGCCUUUCUAAACUGCUGGUCAAUGUUAGCCUAGGUACAGUAUGUCAAUUUACAAUAAGUAUCACAUAACAUUGUAUGUGAUGCUCUGAGAGUUUAGUGUUACCAUGACUGGUGAGGAUCAGGCCGAAAUCUUUCCAUGAAGUGAUGUACAUGUUUAUAAUCUAACUUUGACAGAUAUCCUUAAUACAGGAAAAAUGCUCAAAAUCUUAGAAAUAAGAUUUCGCUUCGUAUACACUCCACUUACCCUUGGCGGAUACAGCCGUGUUGACCGAGCCUUCAAAUUUUCGUGCAGUGCCAAUCGCUUGCAUCCAAUGAAAUCGCGUCUUACAUAUAGCGCUGUUGACGAAGGAAAACAGUAAUGGUGACGCCCUGUACAGAAGCACAUUGUCAUUUAUGUCAGAGUGUUUUGCCCCAAAAAAUAGGCGCACAAUCUUUUGGGAAACUUCUGGAGUGAUAAAUCAGUUUGUGAAAAUCUUUGACUACAUGCCACAUGUAAACGAUGACCUGGGAAAAUAUGUGUGCUGCCUUUGGAUUGUUUCCAUAUUGCUCUGUCAUUUAUACUCCGCCUCGGCAUUACACAUUCUUAUGUCAACACGCCGAUGGAGUGUGUAUGUAACGGUCAUUCUGAUUGGUUAAAAGUUUAUUGGGAGAAGAACGAUAACUCGGUAUAUCCACAAGGUGGCAGUGGAGGGAAUUAUGAAAACACAGCUAUAUCCACCAAGGGUAAGUGUAGUGUAUACGAAGCGAACACUUGGCUAGUGAAGAUGAGAAAUAAGGGAGAUAAUCAUACCCUGUCUGUGUCUUCCCAUAAUAAGAGUACGGUGGACACUUGGUUCAGAUGCAAACAUUGAGCAUCAUGGGUAAUUGUGAACAAUGGUGGUAAACACACUGUAUCAGGCAGAUGGGGAUUUCAGAAUACCUUUAAACUUGCCUUUGCAUUAAGCCUUUCAUAUUACAGAAGUUGUGUCGAGGGUAUUUAAACUGGUAUUGUGUGUGUAUGUGUGAAUUAUAACAUUUUGUAAGUGUGAUGUAUAGAAAAGUAAUAUAUAAUUAUUACAGGGGUAUAUACGGUAACGCAGUCCUGGCAGUCGUAACCCUGUGAAAUCAUGAGACAUGUGAUUGGUUAGAAAUUUUAUAGCAUCCGAGCCAAUCAAUGAGCUUGAAUCAAAUUACAAUACAACCUGCUUCUGAAGAUUGGGGUCAUGACUGUGAUUUUAGUUUUUAUUAUUUAAAAGCUUACUAAUCUUAUGGAUCUUUUCAACUAAAUAUGAUAUCAAGACUAGAUUAGAAUUUGAACUUUGUCUAUUUCUAUUUGUCGUGCAUUUCUAUUUGUCGUGCAUUUACUCUUAUACGUAUAUAGGUUGACUGUAUUUCAAGGAACUAACUGGAAGCAAUAAUUAUGUGAAAUUUAAUGAUAUCAGCCCUUAUUAACUUACAAUAAUUAAUGUUUAUGCAUGUAUCCUUUUGAAAUCGAGUAUGAUACUUACUUUUUCUGAGUGCUGAGAAAGUAGUGUGAAAUACCUUUUAGUCACCUUUCAAAAUUUUAUUGAUGCGGUGGAGAUAAUUCUGCCCCAUCAAAAGAAUUUGAAAAGGAGAGAAUCAGUUAUUUUGGACUACUAAGUUACUGAGAUACGAAAAUCUGCAUUAACUAUGCCCAAGUAUCAUUUGAUGUGAAUUCUCUUUCCCAGACCGGGUAUUUUACUGUGAUUGUAUGAUUCUGAUACUCUUAACAGUGUCAGGUCCAGGAAGUUGUUGUAUUCAAAAUGUGUUUUUUGUAUAGGUUGUGAACAUAUCAUCAUUUGAAAAAUGAUCAACAUAUACACAACGUAACAAUAUUGUCUUUCCAAUAACUUCUUUCAUUUCAUCCCAGUCUAAAACUUACAUUAUAAGUGCUGAAUAUUUUCUAUGAAUUAUAUUCUUUACAUUCUGAUCUUUGCUCAAAACUGUUUUAUUCUAUAUCAAAAUAUUUCUCUUUU